AAUUCUCGCGAGAUUUAUCGGCAGCCAUCUUCUUGGGGGUGCUGGAAGCCGGGAAGACCCCCGAGCCGUUCCCAUUGAGCUGCCCUUCGUUUUCGCUUUCUUCACGUCUGCUCUGCCGCGUUGCCAACAAGCACCUAAUCCCAAAGCUGAGAGAAAAACCCGGGUCUGAGCGCGUUCGGCACUCCUUUGGGAAGAUUCACUGGGGAGCGGGGCAGGGGGGAGGGCCCGGCAAACGGUUGCUGCCUCAGCCUGGGCCGGGGUCCUCAGAGGGGAAGCUCCCGGUACCCGGUGGGCGCGUGGCCUGCGGCGGCCCGGCCGAGCUGCUCGCCGACCGCGGCUCGCGGGAACCUGCCACCGGCACCUCCCACCGCGGCCCACGCGGACGGCGCGCGGAGGAGGGGGCGGCGGCGGCGGCGACCUGGGCGAGCGCAGGAGUGUGACCGGCCUCGGGGCCGCGGUGGAUGGUUUCUAAGAUGAUCAUUGAAAACUUCGAGGCACUCAAGUCCUGGCUCAGCAAGACCCUCGAGCCCAUCUGUGAUGCUGAUCCAUCAGCCCUAGCAAAAUAUGUUUUGGCUCUGGUAAAGAAAGACAAAAGUGAAAAAGAAUUAAAGGCGUUAUGUAUUGAUCAGCUUGAUGUAUUUCUUCAGAAAGAGACACAAAUAUUUGUUGAAAAACUUUUUGAUGCUGUGAAUACAAAGAGUUAUCUACCUCCUCCAGAGCAGCCAUCGUCAGGAAGCCUAAAGGUAGACUUUCUUCAGCACCAAGAAAAAGAUAUAAAAAAAGAAGAGCUCACAAAGGAGGAAGAGCGAGAGAAGAAGUUUUCUAGAAGGUUGAAUCACAGUCCUCCCCAGUCAAGCUCCAGAUACAGAGACAAUAGAAGCCGUGAUGAGAGGAAAAAAGAUGAUCGUUCUCGAAAAAGAGAUUAUGAUCGAAACCCUCCUCGAAGAGAUUCAUACAGAGACCGAUAUAACAGAAGGCGUGGGAGAAGUCGCAGCUACAGCAGGAGUAGAAGUCGAAGCUGGAGUAAAGAGAGACUUCGGGACAGGGACAGAGAUAGAAGCAGGACGAGGAGCAGGACGCGAAGCCGGGAAAGGGACCUGGUGAAACCUAAAUACGACCUAGAUAGAACAGAUCCACUAGAGAAUAAUUAUACACCAGUCUCUUCAGUGUCCAAUAUUUCAUCUGGUCACUAUCCCGUACCUACUUUGAGCAGCACCAUUACCGUAAUUGCUCCUACUCAUCAUGGUAACAACACUACCGAAAGUUGGUCUGAAUUUCAUGAAGACCAGGUAGAUCACAACUCUUAUGUAAGGCCACCGAUGCCAAAGAAACGGUGUAGAGAUUAUGAUGAAAAGGGGUUUUGUAUGAGAGGAGACAUGUGUCCUUUUGAUCAUGGAAGUGACCCUGUAGUUGUAGAAGAUGUGAAUUUGCCAGGCAUGCUGCCUUUCCCAGCACAGCCGCCUGUUGUUGAAGGACCGCCUCCUCCUGGACUGCCUCCACCUCCUCCGAUUCUUACUCCCCCACCUGGGAAUCUCAGACCCCCUGUGCCACCUCCAGGUCCAUUACCACCCAGUCUGCCACCUGUCACAGGACCACCUCCUCCACUUCCUCCUUUGCAGCCAUCUGGCAUGGAUGCACCACCUAACUCUGCAACCAGCUCUGUUCCUACUGUGGUAACAACUGGCAUUCAUCACCAGCCUCCUCCUGCUCCACCCUCUCUUUUUACUGCAGAUACAUAUGAUACAGAUGGCUACAAUCCUGAAGCCCCAAGCAUAACAAACACUUCCAGACCUAUGUAUAGACACAGAGUCCAUGCACAAAGGCCUAACUUGAUAGGACUAACAUCAGGGGACAUGGAUUUACCACCUAGAGAAAAGCCUCCUAAUAAAAGCAGUAUGAGGAUAGUAGUGGAUUCAGAAUCAAGGAAAAGAACUAUUGGGUCUGGGGAACCUGGAGUUUCUACAAAGAAGACAUGGUUUGAUAAACCAAAUUUUAAUAGGACAAACAGUCCAGGUUUCCAGAAGAAGGUUCAAUUUGGAAAUGAAAAUACUAAGCUUGAACUUAGAAAAGUUCCUCCAGAAUUAAAUAAUAUCAGCAAACUCAAUGAACAUUUUAGUCGAUUUGGAACAUUGGUUAACUUACAGGUUGCCUAUAAUGGUGAUCCUGAAGGUGCCCUUAUCCAAUUUGCAACUUAUGAAGAAGCAAAGAAAGCAAUCUCAAGUACAGAAGCAGUAUUAAAUAAUCGCUUUAUUAAGGUUUAUUGGCACAGAGAAGGAACUACUCAGCAGUUACAAACUACUUCACCAAAGGUAAUACAGCCGUUAGUCCAGCAACCCAUUUUACCUGUUGUGAAGCAGUCAGUCAAAGAGCGGCUGGGUCCUGUACCUUCAGGUACUAUUGAACCGGCAGAAGCCCAGAGUGCUACUUCAGACCUUCCCCAGAAUGUAACUAAGUUAUCUGUGAAGGACAGGUUGGGUUUUGUAUCAAAGCCAUCUGUUUCAGCAACUGAAAAGGUCUUGUCUACUUCCACUGGUCUUACAAAAACAGUGUACAAUCCAGCUGCUUUGAAGGCUGCACAAAAAACCUUACUAGUGUCUACCCCUGCAGUUGAUAAUAACGAAGCACAGAAAAAGAAGCAGGAGGCACUGAAACUUCAGCAGGAUGUAAGAAAAAGGAAGCAAGAAAUUUUAGAAAAGCACAUUGAAACACAGAAGAUGCUAAUUUCAAAACUAGAGAAAAACAAAACCAUGAAGUCUGAAGAUAAAGCAGAAAUAAUGAAAACGUUAGAGAUUUUGACAAAAAAUAUUACCAAGUUGAAAGAUGAAGUUAAAUCGACAUCUCCUGGACGCUGUCUUCCAAAAAGUAUAAAAACAAAGACUCAGAUGCAGAAAGAAUUGCUUGACACAGAAUUGGAUUUAUACAAGAAGAUGCAGGCCGGAGAAGAAGUCACUGAACUUAGGAGAAAAUAUACAGAAUUACAGCUGGAAGCUGCUAAAAGAGGAAUUCUUUCAUCUGGUCGAGGUAGAGGAAUUCAUACAAGAGGUCGAGGUGCAGCUCAUGGACGGGGAAGGGGUCGAGGUCGAGGUCGAGGCAUGCCCGGGCAUGCUGUCGUGGAUCACCGGCCCAGAGCACUGGAGAUCUCUGCAUUCACAGAGAGUGAUAGAGAAGAUCUUCUUCCUCAUUUUGCGCAAUUUGGUGAAAUUGAGGAUUGUCAGAUUGAUGACUCUUCACUUCAUGCAAUAAUUACAUUCAAGACAAGAGCAGAAGCAGAAGCAGCUGCAAUUCAUGGAGCUCGCUUCAAAGGGCAGGAUUUAAAACUGGCAUGGAAUAAACCAAUAACUAAUAUGUCAGCUGUGGAAACUGAAGAGGUUGAACCUGAUGAAGAGGAAUUUCAGGAAGAGUCUUUGGUGGAUGACUCAUUACUUCAAGAUGAUGACGAAGAAGAAGAGGACAAUGAAUCUCGUUCUUGGAGAAGAUGAUUUGACUGAUCAUUGAUCUGCAUUUGCUAGAACUCUACCUGUGUUUCAUUAGUAUUAUCUAAUGUACUUUUACAUAUUUGUAAAAACAAUUUUUGGUAAAAUAUGAUGACGAUGGAUUUCACAAAUAGAUAAAAGAGAAGAAAACUACCUUCUGAUCUUGUAUUUUGAAGAUUGAUGUUUGCAUUUUAUUUCAGUAAACGAUUGCUAAAGACAUCACAAUAGGACAUAUGCAAUGUUUUUAUUACAUACUUCUAUUGAACAUUACAGAAUUCUUUGUGUUAUUUGUAAAUUAAUGAAUAGAUUUGAAUACUUAUGACCCAAUACUUGUUAUAACAUAGAGGAUUUUGUCUUACUCCAAAUAAGGAAUGAAUUUGCAUUUAAAAUCUUAAUGAAUGUUUUCAAAAAUGAAUAGAUGACAUAGUACGCUAACUAAGUCUCAAGUUAUGUAUUCAUCAUAUUGCAUAGUCGUGUGCUUAGGCUUUACUGUGUACUAGCCGCUUGUUGGAUUUGUGUAUGUAUCUUCUCACAUGGGUGUUAAUGAUAAUGGUGUAUGACUGCUUUACAUGAGUCCUUAUGCAUCUGGAUGCUAAAAAUAAAGUGGAAUGGUCUCUUAAAAGAAAAAAGAAAAGAAAAAAAAGCAAUGACAAAGAAAAAAUUCAUGACAAUGUUCCUUGAUUUUAAAAAAGAAAAAAGAAAAAAAAAAGAAAAAAAAGAGAAAUGAAACAGACCAUUCCAGAUGGUGAUCUGCCUUCCCCCUAACGAUCAAAAGGAGCUAUAAUCACUAAACAAUAAUGGUUACUGGUACCUUUACAAUGAUGUGCAAUCCAAUGUUUAAAAUUUAUACCACUUCAGUUUGGUUUGAUCAUAUAAAUUUUCAACAGAUGUCUUAAAAUUUAAAAGCAGGCUGAUUAGUUUGGAACCAGACUUCAAGUAGCGCUAACAUUUGGUGAAUAAGACAACUUCAUAUUACAUUUUGGAUGUAUGAGAGAAAACUUGACCAUUUGAAGAUGUAUGAAUAAAGAAAUGUACUGUAGAUACUACUUUAGGAAAACACUGUUUGGUAAGUGUUCCAGUCUGAUAUUUUAAGUGUGCAUUUACUAUACUUAUAUAAAAAUCUUUCACAUUUGCAACAAUACUGUGACUUUUUAAAGUGAAUUUCUCUAUCACGUGAAUAUAAUUAUUGAAAGUUAACUAAACUGUUUACAGAAAA